AUGGCUGACACAAACAAGCCACAGGAGGAGCGUCGCAAUGGCGAAACGGCAGCGUCGACGACAGAGGUUGGCCUCGCCUUUCUCGAGCAAAUACGGCGAACGGGGGACAAGAGCGGCCGUCGCGUGGCCAAGUACUUUGAGGAGCUGCUCCCAAAAGAAAGCAACAAGGAAUACUAUCAGGCCAUCCGGAUGCCCAUCUCGCUUGGCACGAUUGAGACGAAGCUGCGCAAUGGCGACUUUGCCAACCUGGCCGAGCUAGAAUCGUAUGUGAAGCGCAUGGUGCAAAACGCAAAGGACUUUUACCCACGGUCAUCACAUACAUACGACGACGCCGAGCGGAUUCGGAAGGCCACGAGCAACUUCAUGGUGAAGCACAACCCGGCCUACAAGCUGAUUCACGGAUAUUCCGCGCUUCCCACCCCCAUCCCGGUCGAUCUUCCGGAGGAGUCACCGGCAGAGGACGAUGCGGAGGAGGAGGCAGCAGAUGACGGACCGGAGGCAGAAGUGGCUGAGGAAGACGGUGAUGUCGGCGCAGGGGCCGACUCGGAAGCGGAAGAGGCAGAUGCCCACGAGUCUGAGGAAGAGGGAGAGGAAGACGAGGCAGACGGCGACGAGGACGACGAUGCCAGGCCAGCAUCGCGCCGACCAAAUUCCUCAACGGCUUCGCGAGAGGCAUCACUGCGUGGACGGCGCAAAUCGACAACAGAGCGGGCAACCAGCGUCAGUGCGAAGCCAGACCACGAAUAUGCCGGUGUGCCGUACAAGGGCCUCACCUUCCAGCAGGCGCAGGAGAAGAUUGUCGAGGAGGCGAUUCGACGUACAGACGAGGACGACGACAGCUAUGCCUAUUUUGAACCCUUCCUAAACCUGCCACCCCGCUCGCUAAAGGACUAUUUCCAGCUGAUCAAGGAUCCGCUGUCGUUGAAGAAGCUGCAGAAGCUCGUGAAGGGCAUCCGUAGCCGAUCGGACCGGUCGGGGGUCAGCGACUUCAAGAACUGGGCCUCGUUUGAGGAAAAAGCCAGCCUGCUGUGGGAGAAUGCAUACUUUUACAACGAGGACAAGAGCCCGAUCGCCAACAUGGCCAAGGAGCUAGAGAUCAUGUUCCGGGGCGAGAUCAAAAAGGCCAAAGAGGUGGUUUCCGAUCCGCCACAGACAAAGAUUAAGAUCAAGAUGACCCAAGGCCAAGAGACGCCGGCGCCAGCAUCGAAGAAGAUCACGAUCCACGUUGCCAAUGCCCGCGGCGGCUCCACCGAAUCGCCGGGCCCGAAGUUGGUGGGCGGAGGAGCGCCGACCACUCUAGCCUCACACCCGGCGCUGGAAAGGACGAGAAGCACACCCGGCGUCUCUCCGAGUCCGUCUGUCGUGGCCAGCACGAAACAGGAGACCUCAGCACGCGCGUCGCCUGCGCCGCAGCAGCGUCCCAACGGGGUGCCUGUAGCAGCAACCCUGCCGAACGGAGCAGCCGCGCCAGCAGCAGUUCAGAACGUGCAGACAACUGACGCUCCCGGCACGCCUCAGACAAACGGAAGCACGGCUCCAGUUCCGGCUCCGGUUCCGGCUCCGGUUCCAGCUCCGGUUCCAGCUCCGGUUCCAGCUCCGGUUCCAGCUCCGGUUCCGGCCCCAGCUCCGACGCCUGCGGCCGUUGUACGACCUGCUCAUGAGUCCAAGUUCCGCGAGCCAGGCCGAGAACCCCUGAUCACCAACUUGGCCAUGCGGACACACCCUACGAUCAACACGGGUGACCGGCUGUUCGAGCUGAAGCUGCCGCCACACCCCAAGCUGACGCAGCGGUCUGUGACGCUGAACAUUCCCCAGGGCCAAUGGCGCCAUCAGCUGAUCGUCAGCCUGGCGCCGUCGGUGCAGCAGCAACAGCGGCCUUUCAAGCUGUUUGUGAUUGCGAACGGUGCGACUUUGGGCCAGUCUGCGCCCCUGGCUACGGCCCCAGCAGAUCCGGCAGAGGCGGGCGGCAAGCUAUACGAGGUCAACCUGCACCCCGGCGUCAACGUCAUCCAGGUGCAGGUGAUCGCGGGGCUGCCCAAGGACCAAGAGCCGCAGAGUGGCGCCGAGGCCGAGCUGGAGAAGAUUACGAUUUUUGCCAAUCUCAUGCGGUAUUGA